CUGUCCGACACGCUGUAAGUCAGACGCUGUUCACAUGUCACACCUGUAGGUGACAGCCAGGUAAAACACAUUUACCAACAGUCCGCUAUGGGCACAGGCAGGCCGCAGUUUUGUGCUGAUUCGUUUUGGAAUUCCAGUUUUUACGAUUUCAACGGUUGGCCACGUCUGACAGACUGCUUCCUCAACACGGUGCUGGUGUGGGUGCCAUGUGCUUUCUUGUGGUGCCCUCUGCCCUUCUACCUGGUGGUGCUGGCCAGGAAAGGGGAAGUCACUCCACUUCCUGUCACCUGGUUGAGCUCGGCCAAGACGUUUUCCAGCAUGGUGUUGAGCAUGGUGGCGCUGGUGUCGUUGAUACAAGACUCUAAACUGUUGACGGAUAGCGGAAGUGACGUGCCUCCGGUGGUCACCUACUUGGCUAGCGUCCUGCGGCUGGUGUCGUAUUUGUGUACAGCCUUCCUUACACAGCAUGAGCGACGACGCCAAGUGAUCACUUCCGGUUUGCAGUUUGUCUUCUGGAGCUUGUUGAUGUUGUGCGACAUCGUGCCUCUAUACACGGCCGUCAUUGAAGAGGAUUAUAACGACGACAUCCUGAAAUUUGUUUUGCUUUGUGUGACCGUCGCCAUAGAGAGCAUCCAGACAAUCUUGUUCUGCUUCUCGGAAGCUUUUAAGGAAACUCAGACUGGAUAUCAUCAACAGUGGAAGCGUCCAUGUCCAGAGGUCACUGCGUCCUUUCCAAGCCGGAUGCUGUUUGGGUGGAUAACAAAGUACAUCUACCUUGGGUGGCAAAGAGACCUUACGGAGGCUGACCUUUUUGACCUCAACCCACGAGACAGCAGUGACGUCCUUGUCCCGUCCUUUGAACGAGAGUGGGAGUUGGAGAGAGAAAGAUUCAGGAACAAACAACGUGGUAAGCCAGGGAACGGCACCAGCGCCGACUCCACUAUCACAUCACUUCAACUUCUUCCCAAAGACUCCAUAGAAGGAGACAUUCACCUUCCAGCAACCGUCUUGGAAACAAGGUCCCUCGUCCCCAGCUGUUCCGCCCACAAUUCGCGAGGAAAGUUAGGGGUCAGCACAGCCUAUGGGACCCUCUACCGCCCAGGGGACGACGAGGUGAAGCAAGAAACGCCGUCGCUGCUCCGAGUCUUGGUGAAGCUCGUGGGACCUCGGCUCAUCCUCGGGCUGUUCGCGAACGCGGUAUCCGAAGGGAUCUUGAUUUUAUGCCCCGUGUUAUUAGGGCUACUGAUCGAGCAGGUGACCAGCCCCGACAACAACGACAAGCAGACGAGGUCUGGCUACGUGCUGGCGGUGCUGAUGUUCGUGGUGUACAUGGUCAGGACACUGCUCUCUAAUUUCAGCUACUGGUGUUCCCAAGUAGUUGGCAUACAGCUGAAGACCAUCCUCAUUGCCGCCAUCUACAAAAAGUCGCUGACGAUGAACAGCGCCGCACGACGACUGGCCGCUAGUGGGGAGAUAACCAACCUCAUGUCUGUCGACUGUCAACGCAUUCAGGACGCCAUGUUCUUUGUCGUCGCUUGGACCACUCCUCUACAGGUUAUCAUUGUUGUCGGUGUCCUCUACCUCUACAUUGGCCCCUCAGUCUUCGCCGGCGUCAUCGUGCUUCUCCUUCUUGUCCCCCUCAACUCCUACAUCUCCAUUUGUCAAAAGAAACUCAACAUCAGCAACCUCAAGUUCAAGGACAAGAGGCUUAGGCUGACCAAUGAUAUGUUGAGUGGAAUGAGGGUGGUAAAGAUGUACGCAUGGGAACCUUCCUUCAAAAAACUGAUCACAGAGUUGAGGAGCGAGGAGACAAAGGUGUUGCUCAGAAUGUCCUACCUGAACAUGUUUAUGAGUGUGUGCGGCUACUUCACACCUUUUCUGGUAACCCUGGCCACGUUUGCAACAUUUGUGGUUGUCUCCCCUGACAACCACCUGGACGCUCGGCGGGUCUUUGUCACCUUGGCCUUGUUGAACUUGCUGAGAGUGCCUCUCGACAUUCUUACCUUUCUCAUACCCAUGACUGUUCAGUCUUUGGUGUCAGUGCAAAGGAUCAACAAGUUUCUGUGCUGUGAAGACCUUGACACCGACAGCGUUACCUGUGAUGCUGAUGCAGUCGACGCCAUAUCCAUCAGAAACGGAACGUUCACGUGGGACAAACACUACGAACCUGUCUUGAAAAACAUCGACAUCAGCGUCGGUGUCGGCAGGCUGGUGGCGGUGGUGGGUCACGUGGGAAGUGGAAAGUCGUCCUUGAUCUCGUCGCUUCUCGGAGAAACCGAAAAAGUGUCAGGGAAAGUAACCAUAAAGAGUUCUGUGGCCUACGUCCCUCAGCAAGCGUGGAUACAAAACGCCACGAUACGUGAUAAUGUUCUCUUCGGGAAACUCUUCAACCUACAAAGAUAUCAACAGGUCCUGCGGGCAUGCGCACUUGAGCCCGACCUGGAAAUACUGCCUGCUGGAGACAUGACUGAGAUUGGCGAAAGGGGCAUCAACCUCAGUGGGGGUCAGAAGCAGAGAGUGAGUCUGGCCCGCGCCGUGUACAGUGACAGCGACAUCUACCUACUGGACGACCCGCUCAGCGCCGUGGACUCGCACGUGGGCAAACACAUCUUCACCGAGGUCAUUGGCCCCAACGGCUUGAUCGGACACAAGACGCGGGUGCUGGUGACACACGGCAUUCACUGGCUGCCGAUGGUUGACGAGAUCAUCGUGCUGUCCGACAACGGCAUCUCGGAGAAAGGCAGCUACGACACUCUUAUGUCCCACAACGGACCCUUCGCUCGCUUCCUCAAACUUCAUCUGCAACAGAGGGAGGAGUCGGAGGAAGAGGAAGACCCUGAGAUCUCGACGCUUAUCAAGAAGAUCCGAGAGAACGUGGUGACGGUGACUUCUAACGGAGCAACUUCCGGUGAAGAUCUUACAUGCAAAGACUACUCUAGACGCAGGAAGUCUACAAGGACAACAUCAAAAUCAUCGUGGAUGACUGAUUCAACAAAAAAUAAAUUCAGCACGUGCCACCUUGAGGAAGACACAUCACAGGAGAACAACUAUAGGCUGGUGAAGGAAGAGACAAUCGAGAAAGGAAACGUGAAGUGGAGCGUGUUUCUCACCUACAUACGAGCAGCAGGCGCCGUACCCUUCACGGCAUCCAUUUUGUUCUUCCUCAUCUUUCAAGCCAUCAACGCCUCUGGUAACUUCUGGCUCAGCCGCUGGACAGACGACAACUUCCUCGCCACAUCCCACGGAAACGCCACCUUGCGGCACAACUACAAAGUCAAGAACGACUACUACCUGAUGGUCUUUGGAAUGUUUGGCAUCGGGCAGAUCGUCACGCUGGUCCUGAGUAACUUCUUGAUCUGGGUUCGAACUGUUGUUGCUUCCCAAAACCUUCACAGCAGACUUCUUGCUAGUGUACUGCGGUCACCAAUGGUCUUCUUUGACACGACCCCAGUUGGACGAAUAAUCAACAGAUUUUCGCGUGACAUAGAUACCAUCGACAACAUCCUUCCAAACAACAUUCAGGAGUCUGUCUCUAUUGGGACGAUGGUUCUUGUCACCAUCAUCGUCAUCUCCAUCAGUACACCGCUCUUCAUUUUCCUAGUAAUUCCUGUCAUCAUCCUGUAUUUCCUCAUACAGACCUUCUACAUCCCGACGUCCCGGCAGCUGAAGAGGAUGGAGUCGGUCACUCACAGCCCCAUCUACGUCCACUUCAGCGAGACCAUCAGCGGCGGCGCCACCAUCCGCGCCUACCGAGCGGUCGACCGCUUCAUCGAGGAGAUAAAACGACGGGUGGACAGAAACCAGUCCUUGUACUUCGCUAGUCUGAGCGCACACAGGUGGAUGUCACUGAACGUAGAAAUCAUCACAAAUCUUAUCGUUUUCGGUGCUGCCAUCUGUUCCAUUGUCACCCCUGGCAUUGGAGGAGGAACUUUGGGAUUCUCUGUGACUUACGCAAUGCAGAUGUCGAAAUAUCUCGGCUGGAUGGUCCGAAUGAUCAGCGACCUUGUAACGAACAUGGUGUCCGUGGAGAGGGUGAAGGAAUACUCACAACUGGAGUCAGAGGCUCCAUGGUCUAAUCCUUUGAGACGUCCAGAUCCUUCGUGGCCCGAGAGAGGUCGUCUGCUGUUUAGUGAGUACAGCACGCGCUAUCGACCCGGCCUUGACCUCGUGCUGCGAGACAUCAGCUUCGUUGUUGAGGCUGGUCAGAAGGUUGGUAUCGUUGGAAGGACAGGGGCAGGUAAAUCCUCCCUGACGCUUUCUCUCUUCCGCUUGAUCGAGGCCUGUAACGGCUGCAUCAUCAUCGACGGCGUCAACAUCGCCGACAUCGGGCUCCACGACCUGCGCUCUCGCAUCACCAUCCUGCCACAGGAUCCCGUGCUCUUCUCUGGCACGCUACGGAUGAACCUUGACCCGCUGUCUCAAUAUUCAGAUGACCAAAUAUGGAAAUCUCUGGAGACUGCUCAACUUAAACGCUUUGUAGAAGAGUUGCCAGAAAAGCUGAACCAUCAGGUGGGAGAAGGGGGACAGAAGCUAAGGUAAUCAAGUUCUGUACAU